CCUGUCCUGGCUCAGUGACCCGAUUCCCCCCUCCCAGCACAGCCGUCCUGCAGCACAGCCCGUCCCUUCAGAGUGGAGAUAUUGGAUCCAGAGUGGAGACUCCCGAUACAGAUCAGGGACUCCAGCUUCAGAGCUAAGAUCCCAAGUCUGGACAGACCUUUGGUUUGGAACGGGGAUCCCCACUGAAAGCAGAGAUCCCGGAGCGGAGACCCCAGAACAGCCCCUCGGCUUUGCAGCUAUGACUGGCAAAACGGCUCCAGCUGCUGCAAAGAAAGCACCAGCCUCGAAGAAAGCACCAGCCCCAAAGAAAGAGCCGGCACAUACCCCAAAGGAAGAGCCAGCACACACCCCAAAGGAAGAGCCAGCACACACCCCAAAGGAAGAGCAUGCCCCAGCCCCCGCUGCUGAAACACCCCCAGCCCCCGAGCAUCACCCCGAUGCGGAGCAGCCUGCGGCCCCUGCAGCUGAGCACGCUCCGGCCCAUGAGGCUGAAGCGGCUCCAGCCCAUGAGGAAGGAUCCCCCCCGGCUGCCCCGGCUGAAGCCCCAGCCCCAGAGCCUGAGCCUGAGAAACCCAAAGAAGAGCCGCCCAGCAUCCCCUUGUCCUUGGCUGUGGAAGAAGUGACUGAAAACUCUGUUACACUGACCUGGAAAGCACCGGAGCAGACGGGCAAAUCGAGCCUGGAUGGAUACAUGGUGGAGAUCUGCAAAGAUGGAAGUACGGACUGGACAGCUGUGAACAAGGAGCCUUUUCUCUCCACCCGCUACAAGAUCCAGGACCUUGGCUCUGGUGAGAAGGUCCACGUGCGGGUGAAGGCCAUCAGUGCCAGUGGCACCAGCGUCCCAGCUACCUUGGAGCAGCCAAUCCUCAUCAGGGAGAUCACCGAUCUCCCAAGGAUCCGCUUACCUCGCCAGCUGCGGCAGGUGUAUGUCAGGCACGUUGGGGAGGCCGUGAACCUCCUGAUCCCUUUCCAGGGAAAGCCGCAGCCCCAGGUGACCUGGACCAAGGACAACCAACCCCUGGACACCAGCCGGGUCAACAUCCGCAACACAGAGAAGGACACCAUCUUCUUCAUCCGCACGGCGCAGCGCAGUGACUCGGGGAAAUACCAGCUUGCAGUGAGGAUAAAUGGAGCAGAGGACAAAGCCAUCCUGGAUAUCCGAGUGAUUGAGCGGCCCGGUCCCCCCCAGAACCUGAAGCUGGUGGAUGUGUGGGGCUUUAACGUGGCCCUGGAGUGGAGUCCCCCAGCAGACAACGGAAACUCUGAGAUAAAGGGCUACAUGGUGCAGAAGUCAGACAAGAAGAGCGGGAAAUGGUUCACAGUGCUGGAGCGCUGCACCCGCACCAGCUGCACCAUCUCCGACCUCAUCAUAGGCAACACGUACUCCUUCCGUGUGUUCUCAGAGAACGCCUGCGGGAUGAGCGAGACAGCAGCUGUUGCUUCUGGGGUGGCUCACAUCAAGAAGACAAAAACUGUUUACCAGCCACAGAAGAUCCCCGAACGGGACAUGAUGGAGCCCCCCAAAUUCACCCAACCCCUGACAGACCGAGCCACCACCCGGGGCUACAGCACUCACCUCUUCUGCUCCGUCCGGGGCUUCCCCCAGCCCAAAAUUAUCUGGAUGAAAAAUAAGAUGGAGAUACGGGAAGAUCCAAAAUACAUAGCAAUGAUUGAGCAGGGCGUCUGCUCCCUGGAAAUCCGCAAGCCCAGCCCCUUCGAUGCGGGCGUCUACACCUGCAAAGCUGUGAACCCUUUGGGGGAAGCCUCAGUAGACUGCAAACUUGAUGUGAAAAUGCCCAAGUGAGGACAGGUUGGAGGCUGAGACGAAGAGUGAGGUGGAUGCUGCAGCAGCGCAGCACAUGGUGAUGCUCCUUGUCACAGCCUGCAGGCCUGUCCCCUCCCCAGCAGUGCCCCUGGGUCCUGCGUGUUGUCCUGGCCAUGGCAUGGCCCUCUCUAGGUGUGUUUUUAUCUGUGACAAUAAAACAAGCCUAUCUGA